AUGACUUUCAUCCCGCAUGUGGUGACAAUCAUGCUCUACCCACCUCCUCGAGACGCCACACGAACCCGCGCAGAGGCAAUUAUCGACAGAGCCUGUUUAUGCUUCGCGCUGUGCGAGGUCGUGCACAAACUGUUUCUUCUGUACCACCUAGCACGACACCUCCUCUCCUCGACUCGCGCGGGCCGAGCUCUCCGGACGAGGCUGCGGUCUCUUCCCGCAACGCUGGAGCCGCUGCUUCUGCCCGUCUGGUUGAGGAUUAGUGCCCUGCUUGCGCCGGUCCACAGUCGGGUUGUUGUCGCGCUGGCGCCGUAUGGCGUUCUGGCGGAGCGUGUUGCGCCGGGGCUGGGAGCGCCUUUGGGGUGGGUGAGGGGGGUUUUGGUGGUGGAGGUUUGGGUUUGGGUGCAUUUGGUGUGGAUUGCUGGGUUGGUGUAUUGUGCGCCGUUUUUUCUGCUGGCUUGGAUGGUGAGGAAGGUGCUGAGGUCGAUCUGUCGUCGUGGGACGUCGGUGCAGGAGAGCGCUACUACUACUGCUACUACUGCGGCUAGUACCCCGAGCCCUUUCCGAUUCCUCGACCUUCCCCCCGAGUUGCGGAAUAGAAACUACACGUCUACGUCGGAGAUCGCACUCAAGGACACGGUCAGGAUCGUCUACGACGCUGCAAGACCUUACAGGAUGGUCCUCAAGCGUAAGACUACACUGGCGAUUCUCACGGACUUGCUCCGACUCCCGGGACGCAAAGGGGACAUUACUCGGCCACGCCGUCUCGCGCUUCCCUCGACCAGCCGCCAGAUCCAUAACGAAUCCUCUCGUCUCCUUUUCGAGGACAUGCGUCUCGACUUCGCUGUCUGCGACUCCCGCUCCUCCAUCCCGGCUAUGAACGAGUUCUCCGACGUUUUCAAGGACAAGUUACAAUUCGUGCGGAGACUCGAGAUGCCACUGCGAGUUGCUCGGACGCUUCUCUUUGAAGCUGCCGACAAUAACAAAGGAGGUGCUGGGCGUCUUGGCAUAUCGUUACGGCGAAUGAGUUUGGCAGUGAACGGUUCUGUAGCACGGAUGGGGGGGUUGUGGCAGCUUUGGUAUUCAAGAGAAGUGAUCCCGGCUGAGAGGCGGAGGUGGGAGGACGUUGCGUUGGCGGUGCCGGGACAGUUGUUUGAUGUCGAGACGGAAUUGACGGGAAAGUGGACACUGGGGUGGAUUGAUCCGUGA